CAUGAAUUUUUGGGGGUUGGAUUUGAAGGUGGCGGAUCCUGAUCGUGUGUGGCUCGAACUUGAGCCUCGCACGCUCAGAGAAUUCGCACCCAAGAAAAGGGGGAAUAAGAAGCAAAACAAGACCUCUGAUGUCAUUCAUGGCGGGAUCGCUACCUUUAGAUAGCCCCCUCUGGUUUUGGAAAGAACCCAUUAUAGAUUUUUCUUUCGACUCUGAACCCAACUUGCCAGAAAAUCCAAAGGAUUUGCCGAAUUUUUCGAACCAGGCAACGGAAAAUAAUGAAAAUUUACUUGGUUUCUCAAACCAGUUGCCGGAAAAUGUGCGUUCUUCCUUAGUUUUACAUCCAUUUCAGGCUGAUGGUUUUUCGGCUUGGGGUUUCGAAGAUGAGCCCUUGGCUGUUGAGCCGCCCAAUUUCGAUUGCUCUCUCAAUUUUUUUAAUAAUGAAAACCAGAAUUCACAACCGAUGCAAAAUGGAGAAUUUGAAAACUCUGAAUCUUGGGAUGUAAAUUUAGCAUUUGGUGACCCGAAUUUGGGUUCUAAUCAAGAUGAAUCAGAGGGCCGUAAAUGUUGCCAUAUAAUGAGAGAAAUUGUUCAUACUAAUGGUUCUGAUACAACAAAACUUGAAAUCUAUGGGAGAGAAUUUGUGGUGACUCAUGCAGUGAUGCAAGUGCAGUAUGGUAAUGGUGGGAUCCCUUCUUCACAGGAGCAACGAUUGUUUGAGUUCACAGAUAUGGAGCAAUUGAAGCAAUUUCUACUGCAAUAUGCACAAGUGAGGAGGGGGGAAGGCUUUGUAGUGAUUCAAGAUUCUCUCUCUUCAUUUUAUGAGGCCUUGUCCACAAGAAUGGAUGGGGAACCAAGCUCAAGCUCCAUGUCAAUUCCCCUCUCCAACGAAACUACUUCUGACAACAUGGCUCAAGGGGACACAAUUCAGAUACCACAAAGCGUCAACAGCACUCCUGUGAUAACCCUAAAGAGUAACAUCGCAAGACAGAGAGAGAGAACUGGAAAAUUGAAUUUGGGUGACUUGGCCAAUCAUUUCCACCUCCCAAUUACUGCGGCCGCAGAGAAACUCUCCAUUUGUCCGACGGUUUUGAAGAAAGUAUGCCGUAGAAAUGGUAUGCCUCGAUGGCCACAUCGCAAGAUUAAAAGCAUAGAGAGGAGCAUUUCAAAUCUAGAGCAUACAUUGCUCACAGAGAACGGGGAUGGAGCUGCCUCCAUUCGAGCACAAAUAGAGAAGUUGAGAAUACAGAGAGCUAAGGUUUGUGCUGGCCAUGAUGAACCAACUUGACCAAGGUUUGGAUCUUUCACAUGCUAUACCAAUUCGGGUCAGUUGAAUCAGACAUCUCGAUCUUCUGGACUGAUAAAAAAUCACCAAAAAAUAAAAUACUGGUGUUGAGAAAUUAUAGAGAGACUUGGAUCCCCCAUUUAUUACAUCUCAUCCAGAUCGGCCGUUUUCCAAACAGCAUGAUCAAGAGAUCACAUGCAUAUAUGAAA